ACAAGAGCAGCAGUUGUAGUUUUACUACGGUGCUUAAAGUCGUAUCUUUUAUCUCUGUAUUCUGUAUCUUUGGUUAGUAGAAUUGCCUUUUGUAUUUGAGGAACAAGUGAGGUAAAAAGAAAAACAAAAUCCCAAUUUUGACACCGAAAGAAACAAGAAAAAGGAAUGACUUUAGUCACAUCUUCUGAGUUUCUCCAAUGAGAUGAACCUCUUCUCUGAGUUAAGAGCAAUACUGAGGUGGGGAUUUUUCCACAAUCGCCACCAGAACAAAAAGGGAUUUUUCAUCCAUAAUCAAUUACUCGAGAGUAGAAUCCCAAGAGCUGAUUGGCCAUGGCAUGACAUAAACCAUGGAGGAACUUCAUCUGGUUUACUGACUCUUAUCGUUUCUUUGGCAAAUAAUGCAUGAAAACUCUUUAAGAAGGUCCCUUAUACUCGUGUAGGUUGGACAGUUAACUACAGUUCAGAUUUCACUGUGAUUUCUGCCAGAGUUUUGAAAGGCCGAAACGAUGGUUUUGGAACCGUAACAAAAAUUAUGUGGCUGAAUCUUUUAUAUCGGAUUCAAUUCCCAUCGUCUCGGUGUGUUUCGGAUCAUUCCGGCAUUGACCAUUUCUUUCCGAAAAUCUAACACGGGUUUUUUGUAAUUAUUUUGAAUCCCAAGGCAUAUCUGUAAUCUCGCCAUCUUCUUAUUACCCCCCACUGGCCGCUGAUUUCUCUUCUGAUUUCUCCCUCCCCCUUUCCUUUUCGAAUGAGUUUCUCAUAAACAAAAACAAAAACAUGACGCCGCCACCUCCACAACGUCGCAGCUCCCUCGUGUUGCUCACCUGCUCCACGCCGUCGUGAAUCGUGACUCGCAGCUCCCUCCGUCGUCUACGCGACGACGCCACUUCCACCGCCGCAGCUUGUGUCUUGGACUCUGCUGUUCCUCUGCCGUAGCCUGUAGAUCCCCUUUAACGUCACUGCAGGACUUGUCUUGAGCAAUGAGACUCAGUUUUGUUUGCUGCAUCACUAGCAGAUAGUAAACACUUGAAAGAGUCCUCCCUGUUAUCGAAAUCUUACCAUCAAAAGCAGUCAUUUCUGUUUCCGAUUGACCUCAAUGUCUCUCAGAAGACCACCACUACCUCGUCUUCUACUUAACAAGGUCUCUUGUAUGAGGAAUGCCCAGCAAAUCUUGCGUCAUGUCAAUGUCUCCAUUUAUGAUGGUGGGGCGCUCGUGCUAACAGGUGCCAAUGGCUCAGGGAAGACUACUUUCCUCCGCAUGCUAGCUGGAUUUUCUCGGCCUUCUGCGGGUGAGAUCCUGUGGAACGGUCAUGACAUUACAGGGUCCGGAGUAUUUCACCAGUACAAGCUUCAGCUCAAUUGGCUCUCCCUGAAAGAUGCCAUCAAAGAGAAGUUGACAGUCUUGGAAAAUGUCCAGUGGUUCGAAGUUCUUGAGGGCAAACAGGGGAAGUCUUUGCCUGCGCUGGAGCUGAUGGGUCUUGGACGGUUGGCGAAGGACAAGGCAAGAAUGCUGUCAAUGGGCCAGCGGAAAAGGCUGCAACUUGCAAGGUUGCUGGCAAUGGAUCGGCCAAUUUGGUUGCUUGAUGAACCUUCAGUUGCAUUAGAUGAGGAAGGGGUGAAGUUACUUGAGUAUAUCAUUGCCGAGCACAGGAAGAAGGGUGGGAUUGUGAUUGUGGCAACACAUCUCCCUAUUCAAAUUGAAGAUGCCAUGCUUCUGAGGCUGCCACCAAGGUUUCCAAGAAAGAUGACAUUCGUAGAUAUGCUUGAUCGGACAGACCUCCUUUAGCAUCCCACUACUAAUAUUAUUGUUUUCACAUAAACCCAGAGAAGACGACAUGCAGUUGCCCAUACCAUAUAUAUAUAAAAAUUAAAAUGGCCUUUUCCUUUGUACCUUUGCAAAGCCUGAGCUGGGCCAAACUGGGUAUUAGAAGCGGGGAUCUGUACCAGCAUUGAGUUGACUUCCUUUAUUUUUAAUUUUUUUCAUAUUACGAAUAAAAUGGCCUCAAUAGGACUAAACUGUUUUCUUCACAUUCA